AUGCCCCGGAUUACAAGGAACGACCCUGUUAUUAGUGUGACUGCAUUGGAAGCUUGGACGACAGGCGUAGAUGCUCUUAAAGCUGCGGUUGAUGUCACCAUUGAAAGUGGCAAAAGGACGCUGUCUUUCAACGCCACGGCUGGGAGCACCAUGAACGGCGUCUUUGACCCAAUCGACAAGAUAUGGGCAAUGUCUGGAAGGCAAACGACUGGCUCCAUGUUGAUGCCUGUUGGGGAGGAAUGGGUUGCAAUUUCUGACAAUCCGAGACAUCCGAACAGAGGAAAUCUCGCUGACGGUACGGGGUUCUCCGCGGCCUGA